AUGGGGAACUCCCCAGACAGCAAACCGAUAAAGGGACGAGAGUUCAGCACCUACCACUACAUCGGAGAACUAAACAGCCAAAAUGUACCAAACGGAAGAGGACUCAUUCUACAUAAAUCGGGUGAAGCAUUCUAUGGGUUUUUCACAAACGGAAAGAAAAAUGGCAUAGGAAUAUACAUAGAUAAAAAAUUAACAAAAUAUAUUUCCAACUGGGUCAAUGGUAAAGUUGAGGGAGAGGUGAAAGUUAAACCCUUCCAUUCAGAGAAGGUGUUUUCCUUUUUUUAUUCCAAUGGGGUUAUCCACUCAUGUGCAGUUUAUCGGGGUGGUCCCAAGCAUAAACACAGUUUGCAUGCAAAAUCAAAAAGAAGAAUUCCAAAAGGGGAGGGGGAUCCCCACAGUGUAUACCAAAACAAUCAACAUGAUAUGGCAGAUAUCUGUACAGUAGAAGAUACUGAUGAAGGAUGUGCCUCUACCCUACCGGUGAGCAAACCGGGUUGUAUUUUACCACUUGCGAAAAUCCAACAUGGAAAAGGUGCAAGUCAGUUAAGUGGUUAUCACGAAGAUGCCAUAGGAAACUCCCAGAUGAAUCAACUCCAAGUCCCCAUGGAAAACUCACACAACGAAGAAGCCAACCUCCCAACAGAUGAACUGACUGAAAAAAGAAUUGACGAACAGUUAAAAAGGAGAGACAACUUGGAGGAGAUAUUCUGCACGUCCUCCGAUUCAGGUAGUCAUUUUAUCCGCCCCCAUUUUGUAAAGUUGGGAAAAAAAAAAAAAUGCUACACAGACACAUAUCCGUGUGACAGCACACGAAAGGAUAUGGACGUAACAAUCAUUACCCAUACGUCAACAAAAAAGGAGGAAAAAAAAACAAAACAUAUGAUUAAGCAAUUAACCAAACAUAGUAGUAGUAGUCUUAAGAUAGAGAAAUAUGAAUCAUGGUCCAGGAAGGAAGUCGUCCACUGGCUCUCUCUAUGUAAUGCACCCAUAAAAUGGAUCACUGCUUUUUACAAAAAUAACGUCACGGGGAAUAUUCUCAACAGAAUUGACAUAGAAUUUAUUAGGAACCACCUGGGGAUACUCCCAUACGGACAUGCAAUCAAACUGCUACAGUUAAUUAAAAAUUUGCGCGUCAUGGCUUACAACAAGAGGUUCGCCCGGUGCGUCAACAUACAGGAGUGCGAACAUUUUCUGAAGAAAAAAAAAAAAAAAAAAAAAAAAAUACACACAGGACAUGGCCCCCUCGGGGGAAACGACAACCGCAGUCGAAGUAGACCACACGGGAAGAAAAUGCACAUGUUUCACCAUCUGGCAAAUUCGAGCCAACAAAGCAAACAUACGCUCACCCUUGGGGAACCCCCCACCAGCAGUGUCCCCCCUGAAGAGGAGGCAGCUGUGUUCACCAAAAAAAUGCUAUACAAUGCAGAUGCAAUAUACCAGGAGGAGGACCCCAACUCGUGCACGUCAACCACGUCUUUCAAUUCGACGCGGACUUUGAAGGAGGAUGGCUACGGGAAGAUGGAGGAACUAGGGGAAGAGUACCCAAAGGAGGAGCAUCAUCAGGAGCGUGUGGGUGAAAUAAACACCCCCAACGAAUCGGUGCAACCACCAAGAUCUAGCCACCCGCAUAAGGAUACCAAUAAGCAAAGGCGAGAAGAUAAAAAAAAAAAAAAAAAAAAAUUCAUUCGCAGUUUCCAUAAAAAUUUUUCGCUCAUAAAUGAUUUUGGCUAUAUAUUCAAUGGGGGGAGCUCGAGGGCCUAUUCCAGGGCAGGGGAAGACCAUGUACUAUACGGUGACCCAAAGGAUGACGCGUCUGGUUCCUGCUCCUUGUCAUCCUUCUCUGUUACGAGUACGUUUUCCCAAUCGAGUCGUCCUGACCUUUCGUCUGAAGAAUCCAGCAAGUCUGACGCGUCUAACGUGCCAACUUGGGGAGGGGACUCCAAAGGGGGGGAACAUUCCAUGCUCGCUCCUUCAGCAGAGUUAGAAUUUUGCGUUGCCUCAACCUCCUCCUCUUCCGCGUCAUCUUCCGCAUCCUCUUCCUUGGACACUUCCCCCCAUGCUUCCACCUCCUCCGUAUCCUCCUCAUCAUACUGCUCGAACAGAACAGACGACGCCCCCUUUUACGGCCGCAGUCAAAUAAUCAAAUACCCCAGUAACAUCUACCUGAACAGCAGCUUGGCCUUCUCCUACCUCUACAGCUUUAUAAUACCGCACGAAGACUUAACGUUCCUGCAUCUGAUUCGGAACCAUUAUGAGAUUAGAACCCGUAGAUGCAAGAACGCAAAGCAAAAGCAGGAGCAGAACCAGAAUAUGCUCGCAACGAAUAGCAAGCAAACCCUGAACCCCAAAAGCAUGAAUGUGAAGGACGAUUUAACGAACGGUAAAAUUAUGAAAAGUAGAACCUUCAGAGGCAAGUAUUUAGGCAAGGACGUAGCUAUUAAAGUACUAGUAGGGAGAGUAAAAGAUUUUUCUCAAAUUCACAAAAUUCUUUAUAAACUACAUUUAUUGAGACAUGGAAAUAUUGCUCUAAUGAUGGGAGUGUCUAUUCGAUAUCCAUUCGUUUUUAUCGUUUAUGAGUUUUUAAAAAACAGUUGCUUAUUUUCCUAUCUUCAUUGUGCUGAUAGUCAUGUGAAGGACAUGUCAGUGAGGCAGCACGGGGGUGGAGUGAGAGCGCCUCUUGGAAGUGCAAGCAGCAUCAGCAGGGAAGGGGACAUAUCGGCUCAUAACUCCACGGAUGGCAGUUGCAUGGAUGACAGUUCCAUGGACGGCAGUUCCACCUGCGGUAAUUCCACAGGGAACACCUCCCCUGGGAACACUUGCCCAAGUGAAAACGCUACGUUCGAAUCCCACAGUGGAAGAAUCAGCACCGUGAUGAAAAACAAAUAUAACUCAUUCAUAUCGGAAAAUGACCUCUUCUGUGGUGUUUACGCAGAGGAGCAUGGUGGUCCUACUUCGGUGGAAAGCCCCUCCAACGAAUGGAACAUAAACCAAAGCAAAACAAACUCACACAUGGAAGGAAUAAACAAAAAAAGCGGAAAGAAAAAAAAAAAAAAAUUACACACCAAGUUAUUUUUACAAGAUCAAAUUCAACUGCACGAGCCGUACGCGUUUCCCCCAUUUCAGAAAGAAAUCUCUUUGUAUGUAAAAAAGCAAAAAAAAAAAAAAAAAAAAAAAAUAUUAUUUAGUUACCCUCAAUCGAAGCUUCAUUAUAACCUACCCGAGAGCGCCCCCAAAGAAGACAGACGACUAAGUGUCCAACGGAUAUUAAAAAUUACAACCGACGUCACCCUUGCCUGUUCCUACUUGGAAAAGCACCUGAAUCACCCCCUGAACCUGAAACCAACGAACAUCCUCCUGGACGAAGCGCUAAACGCAAAAAUAACCGACUUUGGAAUCUGCGAAAUUGAAAAGUGCCUCGACACGAAUAUCGACCACUCAUACGUUGUGUACCCCAACGGCUUAACCGCAUUCGAUGCUGCGUUAGCAGACAGGAAAGUACAGAGGAUGGAGUUCUGUAGGAACGACUUCACCGAUGUUCUGCGUGUUUAUGAUGAGGAGGAUAAGCUACACCUGUACAGUGUCGAACGAAUAGUUGCUUCACCGAGCAGUGCCUACCCCUCCGUUUCGUUCUGGACCCCUCCGGAGAUUUUGAGAGGCCAGAGAGGAAAGCCCUUUUACGAGGAUGUCUACGCGCUGGGAAUUGUGCUCUGGGAAAUGUUAACCCGCAGUGUCCCUUUUAACUACCCGUUCAAGUCCCACCUGGUGGCCUCCGUCGGAUACGCGAAAGAAGAACUGACCUACAGUAACAUCCCAGAGCCUAUUCAAGGGUUGAUAAAAUCGUGUGUUCACAGGAACAUGUACAAAAGACCAACCUUUGGACAAAUUCUAGCGGAGCUGUCCCGGCUAUAUGAAAAAGCAAAUACAAAAGCUGAGGAUGCUCUCAUGUCCUUCAUGGAUGGAGCAUAA